AGGGCGAGCGCCGGCCGCCCGCCCUCCCGCCACCGAGCUUGAGUCCUGGAAAAUCAGCUGGCUUCUUCUCGGCAGGCGGGGUUCCAGAUGACCGCAAAUAGAAGCUCUACAAAGAUGAACAACUUCUCUCUUGAGUGCUGAGGCACAGAAUUCCUCCUUCAAGUCCCUGGUUCUUCACAGUAUUAGUAGAAGACAGUGCAACAGCAACCAUUUGAGCAACGACGUGUCUGCACAAACUGCUAAGGGCAAGUCACUGGCGUAUGGGCUGUAGCACCUGACUAUAUGAUAUUUUACAGAUGGAAGAGAGCUCAAUUCAGGACUGGGGUGAAGAGGUAGAAGAGGGAGCUGUUUACCAUGUCACCCUCAAAAGAGUGCAGAUUCAGCAGGCUGCCAACAAAGGAGCCCGAUGGCUAGGGGUUGAAGGGGACCAGUUACCUCCAGGACAUACUGUCAGCCAAUAUGAAACGUGUAAGAUCAGGACAAUUAAAGCUGGAACUUUGGAGAAACUUGUGGAGAACCUUCUGACAGCUUUUGGGGAUAACGAUUUUACCUAUAUCAGUAUCUUUCUGUCAACCUACAGGGGCUUUGCUUCUACUAAGGAAGUACUGGAACUUCUCCUUGACAGGUAUGGAAACCUGGAGACCUCAAGCUGUGAAGAUGAUGGGAAUCAGAAUUCCUCCGGGUCCAAAACAGUACUCAGGAAUGCGAUAGCAUCAAUYUUAAGAGCCUGGCUUGACCAGUGUUCUGAGGACUUCAACGAGCCCCCCAACUACCCAUGUUUGCUGAAAUUGCUGGAUUAUCUGAAGAGAAGUAUGCCCGGCUCUGACCCGGAGAGGAGGGCGCAGAACCUCUUGGAGCAGUUCCAGAAGCAAGAAGUGGAAAAUGACAAUGGGUUCCAUAGCACUUCGCCAUGUAAUCUAGAUGAUGAAGAGGAAAUGGAGAUUAGUGGUCCAGAAGAAUUCUCUUUUUUCCAAGAAGACCUUGUGGCAGAGCAGUUGACAUACAUGGAUGCAAAGCUCUUUAAGAAAGUUGUGCCCCACCACUGUCUGGGAUGCAUCUGGUCUCAAAGGGAUAAGAAAGAGAACAAGCACCUGGCACCCACCAUCAGAGCCACCAUCUCUCAGUUCAAUGCAGUUACCAAAUGUGUUGUCAGCACUAUCCUGAAGAGCAAGGAACUCAAAACACAGCAGAGAGCCAAGAUCAUUGAGAAGUGGAUUCAUAUUGCACAUGAAUGUCGGAUCCUGAAGAAUUUUUCCUCCUUGAGGGCCAUCGUUUCAGCACUGCAGUCCAACUCCAUCUAUCGGCUAAAGAAGACCUGGGCUUCGGUUCCAAAGGACAGAAUGCUGAUGUUCGAAGAGCUGUCUGAUAUCUUCUCAGAUCAUGACAAUUAUUUGACAAGUAGAGAGCUGCUAAUGAAGGAAGGCACUUCCAAAUUUGCAAAUCUGGACAGCAGCGUGAAAGAAAACCAGAAGAGAACACAGAGGCGUCUUCAGCUCCAGAAGGAUAUGGGAGUAAUGCAGGGCACAGUACCAUAUCUUGGUACCUUCCUCACUGAUCUGACCAUGCUUGACACAGCUCUUCAGGACUAUAUUGAGGGUGGCCUGAUAAAUUUUGAGAAGAGGCGAAAGGAAUUUGAAGUCAUUGCCCAAAUUAAGCUCUUGCAAUCUGCAUGUAACAGCUAUUGCAUGGCAGCAGACCAAAAAUUCAUCCAGUGGUUCAAGAAACAGCAGCUUUUAACUGAGGAAGAGAGUUACAGCCUUUCAUGUGAGAUCGAGGCAGCUGCUGACACUAGCGCCACAUCCCCGAAGCCUCGGAAAAGCAUGGUGAAGAGGCUCAGCCUACUGUUUCUGGGAUCCGAGGUGAUCACCAACAGCACACCCACCAAAGAGCAGCCCAAAUCUACUCCGAGUGGGAGCUCUGGUGAAAGCAUGGACUCCGUCAGUGUCUCRUCGUGCGAGUCUAAUCAUUCUGAAUCUGAAGAGGUCUGCAUCACUCCCAUAGACACUCCCGACGAGCCUCAGAAAAAGCUCUCUGAAUCCUCCUCCUCCUGUUCAUCCAUCCAUUCCAUGGACACAUCUUCCUCAGGGGUGUCAUCCUUAACCAAUAUAAUCUCAUCCCCGCCCUUCUUGUCCUCCAAUCCCAAGAUCCACAAACGCUCUGUCUCCGUGACAUCCAUUACCUCAGCAGUGCUGCCUCCUGUUUACAACCAGCAGAACGAGGACACGUGCAUCAUCCGCAUCAGCGUGGAGGACAACAACGGCAACAUGUACAAGAGCAUUAUGUUAACUAGCCAAGACAAAACUCCUGCUGUCAUCCAGAGAGCUAUGUCAAAGCACAACCUCGAAUCCCAUGCCGCUGAGGAAUACGAGCUUGUACAAGUCAUCUCUGAGGACAAAGAGCUAGUGAUUCCAGACAGUGCGAACGUGUUCUAUGCCAUGAACAGCCAGGUGAAUUUUGAUUUCAUCUUGCGGAAAAAAGCACCAGUUGAUGGGCAGGUGAAAAUGAGGAGCCGGUCGAGUCUAACACUCCCCAGAACUGCCAAACGGGGGUGCUGGAGUAACAGGCACAGCAAAAUUACGCUUUGAAGGGGAGAAGUGUACACACAGGUGAACUGAUUGAGAAAAUACCUUUGCUACCAUCCAGUAUUACAGAGUCACAGCAAAUGAAUGUGUCAGUAUUCAACUUUGAAAAUAUUUGAGACUUAAAUGCAAAGCCAGAGGUGUCUUUCUCCUCCACUGACUAUGGAGAUACAGACAGACAUGGAUUUAUGGGACAGUCUGGACUAGGAAUUUUUUCUUUUGCACAUUAGCCUAGGAAGGUUAGAGCCCCAUUUACAGGGGAAAACAGGACCGGUUGUCUUAAGAACGCCACCUAAGCCAACUCCUCUUGUGAGAAAACAUCUUCUUUUGUGCCAGUAUUAUAUAGAACAUCUAAAUUUAUUUUUAUAAAACUGGAGAAGAAAAGUCACAAUAAGACUCUGCCUGAACCAAGGAGGAGAUCCCAGCCUGCCUGCCACAGCCAGAGAGCACUGCACAAGGUGAGGGUGAGCUGAGAGCUACUGGCGGUUGCUGCCUCCAGGAGGCAUCUGAGUUCAUGGGUGGGAGUGUCCCAAACACUCAUCUCUGGAGACAAAAGAAGCUACAAUUGUGUGUAUUGCUUUCACACAGCUGGCAACUUUUUUUUGCACUUGUUCAAUGCCAGAAAAAUGCAUAUUUUGGAUUUUUUUCCAAAGAACAUUAAAGGAAUGGGCUGCACUUGCUUUUGGAUGAAUGUCAUGAUUUGUUAAUGAACAAGGCAAACUCAAACACUACUUGUCUGGAUUUUGUGCUUGUUUUAAUGCCACUACAUUGUGGUUUUCCUUACGCUUUGCUAACCUGUUGAACAGAAGUAGAUGCGUUUUGCAUGUACUCCAAAAUGACUGAUGUACCUCUUUAUAAUGUGCAAUCACUCUUCAGGAGCAAAACUUUUGCCUGCAUUAAUACACAUCUUCAUUCCAUGAGAAGCAACUACAUUACCUUUUGUUUUAAAAGCGAGUAUUAGGAGGAGACAGCCAGGUUUACUGUAUUGCCCAGAACAACCAGAGAUUUUUUUUUAUAUACUUGUAGCAUUAUUAUGCAUAGCCUCCAAACACCUCCCUUGCUCUUUAUAUACAUCUAUUAAAUGAAUGGUACAUCCUUUCAGCUGGAAUAAAAAAAUUAAUCAUAUGUUCUCUGUGAAACUUUAAAUAACAUAUUUCUAUGUCUCUUGCCAGAAUACAGCCUUCCUUGUAAGGACACAGGGGUUUUAUUUUAAAAAGCCAUAAAUGAGACAAUGGAUUGUAAACAACCCUUACUGAACAGACAGUCUUGGGAUACAUUACUAUUAGUUAAAAUAAACUUAAAUACUGAAUUUUAUCCAUGUCUGGGGCAUUUUUAUCAGGUCUGUAGCAGUAAAUUUUAAAGCUGGGCUCAGAUUAUGUUAACAUACAGUUAGUGAUAAACUCAUGAUGCCAAAAAAUGUYGGGUCAUACUAUAUUUGACAUUAUUAUUUAAAAAAUCAUCAUCACCAUUUACAAAUAGCACCAUGCACACUAGACUGAGUAGUGUAAAAACACAACGUGUACGUUUGGUGGGAGGGUAAAGAUGUCGAGUUUGUAACUGAGC